AUGAAUAUUCAAGCUGUCUGUGCCAGCGGCUUGAUUAUGACGUGCCGAUGUCCCAAGCUACAUGCUGUAGGACAUGAUAUUAAUGAAAUUCCACAACUCGCCUUCCCUGGGGGCCAUCUGGAGUUCGCGACGCUCACAAAGGAACUCAAUCAGGCCAGAGAGCAGCUUCUCGAGAGAGAAGAGGAGAUUUCAGAGCUAAAGGCGGAGAGAAACAAUACCAGGUUACUACUAGAGCACUUAGAAUGCCUGGUGUCGCGGCACGAGCGCUCACUGCGCAUGACGGUGGUGAAGCGGCAGGCGGCUGCACAGUCUGGCGUCUCCUCCGAGGUGGAGGUGCUCAAGGCGCUCAAGAGUCUCUUCGAACACCACAAGGCCUUAGACGAAAAGAACUUUGAUUUUUAUGUCUUAAAGUUAAAAAAAAUAUCUUCUUCUUUUUUAGACUUCUUCUUCUUUAGACUUUCCGAUAUAACAAGUAAAUUUUUAGUAGAAAAGCCAAAAGAUCGUCUUGUAGGAACUUCUGACGCUUUUUGUGAACAGUUCCUGUUAGAAAGAGUCAAUCAAAUGUGGUUGAGAGCAGUCCGCGAGAGGCUGCGGGUCGCGUUAGAGCGAAACACCGCGCUCGAAGAGGAGCUCGCUUUAACUAAAGAAGAGUUACAGCAAUACAAGUCGUCGGUCACAGCAGACGACAAGCCGAAAGAAAACGGCACCGUCCCCACUGGAUCCCCCGAACAGAACGGAGAACAACAAACCCCUAAGGAACAAAAUAAUAUUAACGGCGACACGGAGACGACAAGAAAAGUGUGCGAGCUCCAAAAUACUAUCGCCAAGCAGUCAGCUGAGCUUAGCUCGUGGCAGCGUCGCGUCGCUGAGCUGAACAAUAAAGUGACAGAACUAGAAGAGAGGCUGACCAAGGGUGAGAAGGAGCUCGCUAAGAAGCAAGAAGAGUGUGUCAAGCUCCAGAGGGAUCUGAGAGAAAACGUUGCACAGAAGGAAGACCAGGAGGAGAGAAUAGCUACCCUGGAGAAGCGUUACCUAAACGCACAACGCGAAUCGACAUCGCUCCACGACCUCAACGAGAAGCUCGAACAGGAGUUGCAGCACAAACAGGCGCAACUCAAGCUUCAAGAGGAGAAGAUAGCAGCUAUCGAGGAAAAACUGGAGCUCUCCGCGCAGAAGCUCUCGCAGAUGUCCAGUCUGCCAGAGAUGGAGGAGCAGCUCAAGGCUAGGAUGGAGGCUCUGAGCCAGGCCCAGGAACGCCACGGCUCAGCUGAAGACCGCAUCCAGAGACUGGAGGCCAGUGUGGAGGAGAAGAACGCCGAAUUGAUGAGACUCAACCAACGGCUGCGGAUGAACGAGGAACACAACACUAGGCUUUCGGCCACUGUUGACAAGCUACUGUCAGAGUCGAAUGACAGAUUGCAAGUUCACCUCAAAGAGCGUAUGCACGCGUUAGACGAAAAGAACGCACUGACGCAAGAAUUAGAAAAGACAAGGAAAUACGCUGAUGAACUCCUCGCGGAGAAACAGGACAUUCUCAAGGAACUGGCCAAGUGGCGCAUGGAAACUGAACAGCUAAAACGGCAAAUGCUAGAACAAGAGAUAGCCUUUAACAUCCAGCAGACGGACGCUCUGACCCGCUCCUUGUCCCCCGCGGGCCAGCAGCAGCCUCCCCCUGGAAUGUUCCAGCCCAAACUGGACAGCUCCUGGGAGAAGCUGCAGCAAGCGCACGUGUUGGCCAACGUGCAGCAAUCAUUCGACGUCUCUAGCGAUGCUGAGAUGUAUGACAUUGUGUCACAGAACGAUGAGUCUGAUGGUGGAGUAGAGGGGGGGCACACGGAUGCCGCGGCUCUGGCGCUCAUGUUGCAGGAACAGCUCGACGCCAUCAACACAGAGAUAAGGCUCAUACAGGAGGAGAAGCAGAGCACAGAAGCCAGGGCCGAGGAGUUGGAGUCCAGGGUGGGCAGCUACGAGCACAUGAACGUGGUGUCGCGGCGCGGAGACUCGCCGCCGCUCGCCGCCUCGCCCUCGCGCCCGCACCUGGCGCAGCACCACAAGUACCACACCUUGCAGCUGUGCGAGGAGGGCGGUGUGGGGGGCGCGGGCGCGGAGGGCGCGGAGUCCCCGCUCACGUCGCGCUCGCUGCGCCUCGAGCGGGCCGCGCGCGCCAUCCACGCCGAGCGCGACCGCCUGCGGGGACACUACCAGCCGCCCUACGACGCCUCAAGCCAAGAGUCCCUGGGAGGGAUGGGCUCCAUGGGCGGGGCUAUGGCGAGCACGUGGAGCGGGGUUAGUGCCUCAAGAGGCGGAUCCUCCUCCGCGGUGUCCAUCGCGAACAUGCAUCAGCAGAAGAAGAGAGGGAUCAAGAGUUCUCUAGGAAGGUUCUUCAGUAAGAAAGAGAAAGCGGGAAUGCCUCUACAACAAGGUCAGAGUCCUCGCUCAAUGUCGUCAGUCUCGUCUCUGGGGCUCGCGACCCUCGCGGGUGAAGAGUCGAGUAUGGAUGCCAUGACCCCUCACUCGUCGAUGCCUCACGCUCCCCACGCCUCGUUACAGCACCAAGACUAUGCCAGGACUAAGUGCAAAGAGCGCGACUACCGGCACGAGCUGCUGGGCGAGGCGAUGCGCGCGGGCACGCCCUUCGCGCUGUGGAACGGGCCCACAGUCGUGGCCUGGCUCGAGCUGUGGGUGGGCAUGCCGGCCUGGUACGUGGCCGCCUGCCGUGCCAACGUCAAGUCGGGCGCCAUCAUGUCCGCCCUCUCCGACCAGGAGAUACAGAGAGAGAUCGGUAUCAGCAACCCGCUGCACCGGCUGAAACUGCGGCUAGCGAUCCAGGAGAUGGUGUCCUUGACGUCGCCCUCGGCCCCACGCGGCACAGCCUGCGCCGCGUUAGCCUUCGGGGACAUGAACCACGAGUGGAUCGGCAACGUCUGGCUACCCUCUCUCGGUUUACCGCAGUACCGAACGACGUUUAUGGAGUGCCUGGUCGACGCGAGGAUGUUGGAGCAUCUCACCAAACGGGACUUGAGGACGCAACUUAAAAUGGUCGACAGUUUUCACAGAACGUCGCUGCACUUCGGCGUGGCGUGCCUCAAGCGCGUCGGCUACAGCGUGCGCGCGCUCGACGAGCGGCGCCGCUCCGCCGAGCUCGCCAACCGCGACGUGCUCGUGUGGACCAACGAGCGCCUGCAGCGCUGGCUCGUCUCCAUCAACCUCAAGGUACACCCCACCCCCACCCUGACACUCGCCUAG